CCCGGCUCCCGGCGGCGUGUUCCUCUUUUCCCGGGAUCCCAGCGUCCCAGCAGGUGGACCCCGGCUCUUCACAGUCAGCCUCCGGCUCCGGCUUGCGCUGUGCUCCGGUCCCUCGCUUCUCAGUCCCCCAGCUUCCGGGGCCGCUGCUCUGGCCCGCACGCCUCCGCCGGCGACAGACCCAUGGCCGAGCGCGGGGAACUGGAUCUGACAGGCGCCAAGCAGAACACCGGAGUGUGGCUGGUCAAGGUUCCUAAAUAUUUGUCACAGCAAUGGACUAAAGCCCCUGGAAGAGGUGAAGUUGGGAAACUGCGGAUUGCCAAAAAUCAAGGAAGGACCGAGGUGUCAUUUACUUUGAAUGAGGAUCUUGCAAACAUUCAUGAUAUUGGCGGGAAACCAGCUUCAGUCAGUGCUCCUAGAGAACAUCCAUUUGUCUUGCAAAGUGUUGGAGGACAGACAUUAACGGUGUUUACUGAGAGCUCAUCAGAUAAGCUUUCACUGGAAGGAAUAGUGGUACAAAGAGCUGAAUGCCGACCUGCUGCCAGUGAAAACUACAUGAGAUUAAAGAGAUUACAAAUAGAAGAAUCUUCCAAACCUGUGAGGCUAUCACAGCAACUAGACAAAGUUGUGACAACCAAUUACAAACCUGUUGCUAAUCAUCAAUACAAUAUUGAAUAUGAAAGGAAAAAGAAAGAAGAUGGGAAACGAGCUCGAGCUGAUAAACAACACGUUUUAGACAUGUUGUUUUCGGCCUUUGAGAAGCAUCAAUAUUAUAAUCUUAAAGACUUGGUGGACAUCACAAAACAGCCUGUGUCGUACCUGAAGGAAAUCUUAAAAGAAAUUGGUAUUCAAAAUGUAAAAGGGAUCCACAAAAACACGUGGGAGCUGAAGCCAGAGUACAGACAUUAUCAAGUAGAAGAAAAGAGUGAUUAAGAAGACUCGAAGCCUGCCUGCUAACAGAACAACUAAAGGGUGAUGCGCUAAGCAAACGGCCUUGAUACCUGAAAUCCUUGAGCACCAUCUGUUGUAGGGGGAAAAUGACUGGUACUUUAAUUUCUCUAGGUAAAUUUUUUAAACAAUAAUUCUUGUCAAGUUGCUUAAGUGAUUUUUGAGGAAAAAGAACACAUUUAUUUAUAUACUUAAUCAGAUUAUUCAUGAUGCGGUUGGGGGUUGAAGAAGGCUUUUCUUUUUAAAUAUUAACUUUUAAAAUGUAAAAUUAGGAAAUGUUUUCUAAAUGAGGACUCCCUGUACUUGUUUCUCUCUGAGGAGCUGAGGUGAUACAGAUCGAAACCGAAUGGCAUAGCAGGAAAAAGUAGUCAACUACAGAAACUCUCAAAAGGGAUUAAAAAGAGUUCCUUCAUCUGAAA